AUGGGAGUGCCGGAAUCAGAAAGGGUUACCCGGCCCACGCAGCCGGAUGCCCUCGUGCUCGAGGCAUGGGGGCAGGGACUGCUGGUUGGAGCAUUGCUGGUGAUGUUAGCCAUUACAAUCGCCAACAUGCGGAGAAGAGUCCUUCUACACAAGCUGAUUCUUGCUGAGCUCUUCCUGGCCAUGUUCCACGGAACAUGGAUCUUCACACAUGAACCCGUAUACGGAUGGUAUCUCUCCGUGACAGCGAUCGGUCUAAACGUCUCCUGGAGUUUACACAACGUGAUCGCAUGGAUGAAAAAUCGACCGUUUCUAUCUGACAAGGUGUCGCGAUUUUACAUUAUCACUGUCAUCCUGGUGCAGCCAUACUGGGUUCUGGAAAUAUAUGCGAAUUUCACCUAUUUCAACAACAUCAACCAGAUUUUCAUCAAGACUAGGCCUCUUGAGCCUCUUUUCCGUGAUCCGUGGUGGUUAUUCACAACCUGCUCGUUAUUCUACGUUAUAAAAAAACAAUACGAUUUCAGUCUCUUCGAACUCAUCAAAGUGAGCCCACGAUUUGGCGUUAUGCUGUUGUCCAUGUGCCUAUCACUGGCAUUUACGGUGUUCGACAUCUUGAGUGUUACCGGGGUGUUUUCCUCUGCUCUUCCGACGGGUGUUGAGCCUUUCUGGAAGUUAUCGUUUAUCUUCAAAUGUCUCUGCGACACCGUGAUUCUCGACGACUUCAAAACCGCUCUCGACCGCAUGCAUGUCUACUGGCUACGCAGAAUGGACCCGAAUCUCGACAUCGGGCCAUCCUCUGAAUAUACCUUUUCAUCUAAUAAUCCACUCUCUUUUCAGGACGGAAGACGGAAAUCAUCAUUGCGAGACAUUGAAUCUCAGGCAGGAACAUUAGGGCCAUCAAUCACAAAUCCGGCUGCGAAUUAUGCAACUCAGCCUAACGCAAAAUCGCCAGAUGUUGCCAGACAUGUCGCCAACGCAAAGUCAAAUGCGACGAAAACCGGCCACAGCAAACAUACACAGUCGGGCAAAAGUCUGCAGCUUCGACACGCUCAGUCCGCGGCGAGAAGCCGGCAGUGGUAUUUAGCAUAUCUCCGGCGGAAUUAUGGCGCACAGUCAACGUCGUCGUCGUGGACGACGAAGGAGCUUAUGGGCAGAGGAGGAGGAGGAGCGUGUAGUACUACGACCACGACCACGAUUACGACUACGCCCUGGCCCUGGAAUGAUGGAUUGCAGAACAUGUUAGGAGUCUCCACGCCUACCGUUCCUAUCAUGGAGCUAUUGACCCCCCCGCAUCACGAUCUUAGGGCCAUGGAAUUGAGUAGUCCUGAGAUGACUUGCGCCAAUGCGCUUACCAUGACGGCUGCAGAUCAGAACUAUUUUCGAUAUUUUCCGUCAUCUUCUGUCGUUUUCUAUUAUAUGAAGUCCUGGGAAUGGAGCAGUCUUGGAUUUCUCUACAAGGGUCCCGCAGCGACCAACAAGAUUAUAAUGCGAAUGAUGCUCGCCAUCGCCGCAAAUGAUAUGCAUCGCCAGGGUUACUUCUCCUCUGCAGCAGAGAAAGAGUCAGCGAGACGACGCGCUCAGUACCACUACGAACUCGCAGUACAAGAGUUCCGGCAAUAUCUCGAAGAACACGGGAGCGCCAAUAUCGGGCUGGGCAAAGCCGGACGAGUUUUGGAGUCUGGGUCCGAGAUGAUAUUCUCCAUCAUGUUUCUCAUGAUUACAUAUGAGUGGUACUUUGGGCACUCCGUGAAACAUUUUCAGAUGCACAUAGAAGGGGUACGAUGUCUGCUCAAAGCACAUCCAGAGAUAUUUGUGACGAGAAAUAUUGCGGAUACGAUAUUGAUGACGGGGAUGAGGCCGGACAAUGGGAUGUCGUUUAUUCCGUCGCAACUUCUUCUUUGGAUAUUGUACAUGGAGAUUGCAGGCCAUCCUCGGGGCCUUACCGGUUCUUUGUACAACACAUUGAUAGAAUCCGGACACUCGGCGCUACAUCCGGAUUACUUGCAUCAAUGCGCGCGCAUUUGGGGUCGCUGCCUCUGGGCAGAGGAGUAUCCGGACCAACAGAUCCUAGACGACAUGGAAAACCACCGAGCUCUAGAACUUCUUCAUCACGCCAUUAUAAUAUGGAACAAGAUAUGGCAGCUUGCCUUGGGAAAUAGCGAUGACUCUUCAAUGACUCCGGAGAAAUUGUAUGCCGAAAUAAUGCGAAUUCGAGAGCUAUACAGCGACAUGUUCAUAACCGCCAAAUUCACCUCCUCCCUCUCCGCCCACCGCGCCCUAUACACUAUUUACUUCGCCGUCUGCACCUUCGAAGCCCAAAUCCUCUACCACCGACGCAUCUUCCACUCCAAAUCCCGGUCGCCAAACAAUGUCCAACGCCAAGCCGUCGCCAACAUUUUGGAUUUACUCUACAAACAAUACUCUGUCGAACCAAAACUUCUUCAACGCAUGCCCUGGUCAAUAUUCAUGGUGAUGAUUGAGACUGAGGACCCGAUUCAUCGUGACUGGGCGGAGCAGCGACUGCGAGAAGUGAGGCACUUGCAUGAGGGGAACGCACAUAUCAACGCAGUAUUGGAUGCAUUUGUGGAAAGGCAGAGGAUGAAUCCGGGCGACAUGGUGGAUUUGUUUGAAAUUUUGCAGAUGCAGUACAGGAGGUUUAAUGGGUCAGCGAUGAAUGAGACACCAUCAUACAACGGAUUCAUUCCUUUUGGAUGGGAUUACAACACUUUAGAGGGGCGUGCGAGUCAUGUCAUCUGUACAUCCCCAUGGGGUCGUCUCCGAGCGGAUAUCGGCAAGGUCUCCGAUCCCACCGAGGGCUUCUCUCCGACACAUUCAUAA